GCACGCCAUUUGUCUUCUUUUUGCGUUCAUUAUAUGAAUGUUUCUCAUACAAAAAGAACGUCGACUUUUGUAAAAAUAAAAAAUUUUAUGCCGUCUUUUGGAAAAAUUACUCAAAAAGAGCGGACUUGUCGAUCGUUUUGUCUUUUUUUAGAGGCGUGGUGUUUAAAAAAAAAAAAAAAAAGGCAAAGGCACAUUUAACUCGAGCUCUCCUUUCUGUGGUUCUCACUCUUUUCUUCUCUUGUUCUACUUUUUAUAUUUUAUCCUUUUGCUAGCGUGAGCCAUGAAAUUCCUCGGUAUCAGCGCCGCUAUUGUUUCGGUCCUUUGCUUGACCCAAUCGGUUCUUGCACAAGAAGGUGCUACAGCACCUGCCGGAGCCGGUGGCGCGUCCAGUUCCUAUCACUGCGAUCCCAAUGCCUGCAAACUGCCCAACUGUUUGUGCGCAUCACAAUCGCCACCAGCUGGUUUGUCACCCAAAGACGUUCCCCAGUUCGUUACCAUCACUUUUGACGAUUCCAUUCAAGCCAAACUGUUGGCUACCGCUCAUGAAAUGCUCAACGUCAAAAACCCCAAUGGUUGUCCUGCAAAGGGUUCCUGGUAUGUGUCUAUGGAGUAUACAGAUUUCUCGCUCGUUCAGCAAUGGUACGCCAAUGGCAAUGAAGUAGCCGAUCAUACAUUUUCCCAUGUUGGUAAUCCGUCUGCUCAGGAAAUUGCUGCGGCCCGCGCCAUGCUUCAUAAGUAUGCCGGUAUUCCAUUGGGCAAAAUCAAGGGCUUCAGAGCGCCUUUCUUGAAUUAUACCGCCGACACAUUAAACGAGAUCAGUAAACAAGGUUUCCAUUACGACACGUCCUCCACGGCCGUGGUGGAUGAUUGUUACUGGCCUUAUACCUUGGAUAAUGGUAUGGCCAACGAUUGCUGGACAGGCAUUUGCGAUCCCGACAAAGUCAAAUUGCCCGGCGUUUGGGAAAUUCCCAUGUACGCUGUCAACGACAAUGCCAGCACGCCUCAGUUGAUGGACGUCUACUUGGCCGGCUCCGUUUCCGAUGUCACCGCCUGGUCCAAUGCCAACUUUGACAGACACUACAACGGUAACCGCCAACCGUUUGGUAUCUAUGUUCACCCAACGCACUUGACUACCUUCCCUGGAUUGGAAGAUCCUUCCGCUUUGAAAAAGGGUGUAGUGGACUUUAUUCAAUCCUUGGCUGGCAAGCCCGAUGUUUGGUUUGUAACCAACGAGCAACUGUUGCAAUGGAUGCAAAACCCCGUCCCCGCCAGUCAGUUAGCCAACCAAUCUUACAUGAAGUGCGAAUUGCCCAAUACUGGCAAGGAAAUCUGUAACGGUUUGGAGAAUAUUACGAUAUCCGACGCUGGCGUGGCUUCCUCCAAUUUAUUGAAUGCAUGCAAUUUCAAUACCACCAACUGGGGCACAUGUUACAACUGCCCCAGCGUCGCUCCUACCUUGGAACAGCCUACACCUGAAGAUCAUGUGCAAAGCAACGAUCCCUCUUACCGUCAUCCUGUGCCUGACAACUGUGACAGCGUGUGGUGGGACCCUGUUGCCGGGGCUUGUCUCUGCACCAGUUCCGGAUGCGCUUACAAAGAUGUGGCCGUUCCCGUCAAUACAUCCACCUCUUCAUCCAAGGGCGGUAACGCCGUUUCUUCCGGCACCGGUCAAAAGCCUUCCGAAAACGCCGACAACAACGCCAUCGGCUUGGCUCCCGUUUACGGUCUUGUCCUGAGCUCAGUUGCAGGCAUGAUCGCCACUCUUUGGCUAUAGAGGGUUUAGAACUUAUCAUCAGAGACUGAUCCUAUAUCCUAACACUACAGGUUUCCCCUUACAAUUUUUUUUCACUUUUUUACUUAUUUCCUUUUUUUUUGUAAUAAUAUCUGUUCCUAUUAUCAUUUGCUUAUGAUUUGUUGCAUCAUUGUUUCCAAUUAAAUCGUACUAUGGAACAGAGCCCACAGACAGAAAUCAUAAAAUAUUGAUAGAUAAUACAUCGCUUCACUGUAGAUCACCGAAAAG